GGACGAGAGAGCCGGACUGCUCGGACCACACGGAGCAAGUCGCCGCCAGUCCCGGCACGACUCAACACCGUCCAGACGUAGGAGAGGUUUUAUGCAUUUCCAAGUUUCUUCCUGAGAAGUUAAAAUGUCAUUCCUUCAAUACCUUUAUUGAGUGCCUUCUAUGAUCCAGACUCUGCUUUUAGGAUCUUGAGAAAUGUAGAGAAAUGAGCCAUGUUCUUGCCCUGGAAGAGCUCACAGUCUAGCGUUGGAGAGACACAUGUAAGCAGGCACUUCAGUGACUGAGCUAGUGGCAGGCCAGAUGGCAGAAGGCACCAGCUGUCUUGGAGACCCCCCUGCGGGAGCAGGUGCUCUCUGGGAGACCCUCAGUGCACUCCUGCCACACACUAAAGAAGAACUGAAGUUGGACCUCAGCGACAGCAUAGAGAGGAGCGUAGUGACGUUGCUGCAGCAAGCCACCGAGCUCUUCUAUGAGGGCAGGAGGGAUGAGUGUCUGCAGACGAGUGAGGUGAUCCUGGACUACUCUUGGGAGAAGCUCAACACGGGGACAUGGCGGGACGUGGACAAAGACUGGCGACGGGUCUACGCCUUUGGCUGCCUGCUAAAAGCCGUCUGUCUGUGCAAGGCACCUGGGGAUGCCACCACCCUGGCUGCAGCCCUGAGGGUGUGUGACCUGGGCCUGCUGAUGGGGGCGGCCAUCCUUGGGGACAUCCUCAUUAAAGUCGCUGCUAUCCUCCAGACACACCUCUCUGGAAAAAGGCCCGCCCAAGGCGUGGCCCAGGAGCAGCCCAGCACAAAGAAAGCAAGGACGGACCAUGUUGUGAUUCCAGAAGUGAAGUUAGAAAGAACAGUCCCACGGCUUCACCGUCCAUCCCUCCAGUAUUUCAGGGAGCAUUUUUUGGUUCCAGAGAGGCCUGUGAUCUUGGAAGGCGUGGCUGAUCACUGGCCGUGCUUGAGGAAGUGGAGUUUGGAGUAUAUCCGAGAGAUUGCUGGCUGCCGAACAGUCCCAGUGGAAGUUGGUUCCAGGUACACAGACGAGGAGUGGUCCCAGACACUCAUGACAGUCAACGAGUUCAUCAGCAGAUACAUCGUGGGCGAGUCAAGGGACAUCGGGUACCUUGCUCAGCACCAACUCUUUGACCAGAUCCCAGAGUUGAAGCAGGACAUCAGUAUCCCGGAUUACUGCAGCCUGGGCGACGGGGAGGAAGAUGAGAUCACCAUUAAUGCCUGGUUUGGUCCCCAAGGAACCGUCUCCCCACUUCAUCAGGACCCCCAGCAAAACUUCCUAGCCCAGGUGAUUGGCAGGAAAUAUAUCCGCCUGUAUUCCCCCCAGGACUCGGAGGCUUUAUAUCCUCAUGACUCGCACCUUCUUCAUAACACAAGCCAGGUUGAUGUGGAGAAUCCUGACUUAGAGAAGUUCCCCAGGUUUGCCGAGGCUCCAUUCCUGUCCUGCAUCCUGUCUCCUGGAGAGAUCCUGUUUAUCCCAGUGAAGUACUGGCAUUAUGUGCGCGCUCUGGAUUUGAGUUUCUCAGUCAGCUUCUGGUGGUCAUAGCCGGGUUGAAAGGGCCCAAAUCACAAACGGCAGUCAGCGAUUUGCCCACUUGCUGCUCUGUGCCUAGCCUGCCACCAGGUCCUGUGAUCCAGAGACAAGCAGGACUGAGCCUGUGUCCUGAGGAAGCCUCUGCUGCCCAGUGGCAGCCCUGGGCGAUGAGCGUGGGCACUGGGCAGACAGAGCAGAAGAGCCCAGGAAGGGCACACAGAAUGAGUGUGGCAGCCUGCACCAAGGCUUGCAGCAUCUGAGGCCUAACGUGGUGGGAGACAGGCAGGUGGCGUGUGCCCAUCAGCAGUAUAGCAUGGCUCUGCGGGCAGCUCCUGGAUCCACACCAGCCCCAGUGCUCAACUGCUGUGUGACUUAGGCCAGGACACCGUGCGCAUGUGCAGGCAGCAGGGCUGCUGUCACUGAUCUCGGUAACUCCAGUCAUUGCAGACCUCCUUGUCAUGCCUGGGCCCAUGGGACACCACAGCCUGCAGACUAGAGGGGGGCAGUGGCCAUGCUCAGGAUCCCAGAGCACUGUGGGGCAAUGGGAGGUGUCCUUGUCACAGAAGUGUAACCUGCCUGCAGAGAAGAGUGCAGAUCUUCCAUCACCAGGAUGAGGAAGCCCCCCUCCUAUGCCCUCUGGUCACCACCCACCCCAGGACUAACUACUAUCCAGGGGAGGGCUGGAGGCCAGGGAGAGCCCCAGGCUUCAGGCUUUCUGUAAUCAUUGGUUUGUUAUGUUUAUGUUUUGGCCAAUAAAACUUUCUCCAGCCCUCUGACUGAAGAUGGGCAGGCCUGUCCCAGCAGCUGCCACCACAAAACUCCCCUCUCCCAUUUCUGGGAGAAUCCCAAAUUGGUGGAUAUUUCUAUAGUAUUGUCUGGAUUUUGACAACAUUUAUCACACCUGUGACCAUGAGGUAAAGAGGUAAUCAUUCCAAAUCAGUCACAAAACAAAUUUAAAAAGUUAAUAAACCUAAAAAAAAAAAAAAAAACAUUACGACUCACUAAUAUGCAAAGAUAUGUCCAUUAAAACAAAGGUCCCUACUAAAUUAGCGAAGAUGUUUCCAGUGUUGACAAGGGUGGGUCUCCUGCUGGUGGCAGUUCAAGUUGGCAGAAUUUUAGUAAAAACCAAGAACUUGAAUGUUCGUGCACACCUCUGGGUCUAAUGAUCCCAUCAUUAGGAAUCCACCCCCAGGAAACCACAGAAAGAUGGUCAGGGAUAUAUGUACAGGGGUGACCAUCAUGGCAUUAUUAGUCGUAGCAAGAAACUGGAGUGCUGGCAAGUUAGCUCAGUUGGUUACAGCACCACCUUGUAACACCAAGGUCAAGGGUUCAGAUCUCCCUACAGACCAGCCACAAAAAAAAAAAAAAAAGGAGUCAUGCUGGAUUGGGUGGGUAAGAAAUGGCCCAUCAACACAAUGGAAUAUUAUUCGGCCAUUAAACAGACUUUUUUAAGGUCAUGAAGAAAUGCUUUUUAAGGUCAUGUUGAGUGAAAUGCAUGAUGUUCCUAACUCAGGUACUGAUGGUUGUACAUACACAUACGCGUGUGUGUGCAUGUGUGACCACACGUGUGCAUGUGCACAUCCCAAAGGAAAGGCUCCUAAUAAACUGGUGUUUCUAGCCCA